UUAAAUUAAUCAAUCAUUAAAAAGAAGAAUGCAUAAUUUGUCAACAAAAUAAACGUCAGUGUCAGUGUCACUAGUGUCAGUCAGUUAAACGUUAACGUUAAACAAGUAUUUUAUUACAUGGUAUCACACGUGUUGUAGGAAUUCCCUUUAAAAACGAUGGAUGUCCUUAGUCGUCCUGCGGAAGAAUUUGAAAAUGACCAAACAGUGGAAACUAUGUGGGCUAUAAAAGCCUUCGAACAUGCCGAAGUUUACUUUAACAUUUUAUGUUCAGUUGAUCCAAAAUUGCUCAAACUAACACCAGUAGAUGAUUUAAUCUAUAAAGUCUUUAGAGAAGAAUUCCCAAAACUAGAAGUCGAAGUAAUAAUAGAAAAUGAAUUGAAGAGCACAAAAGAAAAAAGCAAGUGGAGACCUUUUUGUGAACGCUUUAAGACCAUUGUAGAAGACUAUAGUUAUGGUACUUUACUGAGAGCAGAUGCCAAAGAUGAUUAUAAAGAGGAGAACACCAUAUUAGUUACUAGGAUUCAAUUUUAUGCCAUCGAACUGGCCAGGAAUAGGGAGGGAGUCAAUGACAUUCUAAGGAAAAAGUUCUGGCCUGAAGCCAAGGAAGAGAAAGACGAUUAGGAAGUAUUUAAUAAAUCUCAGUUUUUUUAUACAUUUUAGUUAUUUAUAAGUUUUUUGUAAGUCGAAAAAUAAAGUAUACUUAUCAUUUU